AUGUCACGACGAGGCCACCAGCCUUCUGACUCUGAUGACGAGUCCAACCACUUCGGCGGCGGCCUGCCAUUGCGUCCGAUCAUUCUACGAGACCAAAUCUCCUUCUCAGAUGCCCCACUCUUGAGUACGGACGAUGAACAGUCGCAAUCUCAGCCUCGACUCAGUAAUAGUCGUGGUCAAGAGCAACUGUUUACCCGCGGCCAAACAAGCUCCACUGCACCAAAACAACCACGUUCGCAGUAUACUGCUCUCCCGCAUGAGGAUACCGUCGGCACGGUUGGCGACAAGGACAAAACAACUGUUGCUGACUACUCAGUCCAACUCGAUAAGCAGCAUUGGAAACCGGUUUCGCUCAGAUGGCCUUACUUGGUUGCCAUCCUCACUAUCACCCUUGUUCUCGGCCUGGUCACCAUCUUCCUACUGGCUUAUUCCGCUGUGCACGACGGCCUGGGCGACGAUGAUGGUUCUUCUGCCAUCCUCUUCGGAUGGCGGUUUACACCCACCAUCGUCUCAGUCUUGUAUGCCAUUCUGACGACAUUCACGUUCAAUGAUGCUCGCCGAACAGAAUCCUUCGCGCGCAUGUCCCACGCGGCUGGCGCAUCCUCCGCUUCAAGCUUGUUGAAAACGUUUGGACCGUGGUGGGAUGUUCUUGCGGACAGUUUCCGUAAACGUGAGAAUCAUGGUCAUAUCAACUAUUUUCUUCUGACAAUUGUACUUGUCAAUGGUAUCGCCUCCCUGCUCAUCAAUCCUCUUUCCUCGGCCUUGUUACAAAGUGAGCCUGUGCAGCUGGUCUCCAAGGCGCCCUUCACUCGGUAUGCGACGACCGAAGAUGAGCCUAUCAAUAUGGCGGCUGAUGACCUUGUUUACUUUCGCACGAUCGGAAAUAUUCUCCAAAACAUCACGACAUCGGCCUGGUUGACAGACAAAUACGCCGUCGUCCCCUUCUCGCCAUCAUCGAUGGCUCUAGACCUUGGUGUACCCCAGACAGAAAAGACCCAGAAAUGGCAAGCCAACACAACCGUGAUUUCUGUCGAUCUAAACUGCGAAGUGAUGACAGUCCGAAAGGCCAUCUGGGCCCAGAAUUCCACCGAAGACGGCGAGGAGUAUGAGACACAGUAUCACUCAUUGUUGCUAACAGAUAGUCAUGGGUGUGAGGCCGGGAUCAAGGGCUAUAACCAAUACAUGACGUACUACGGCGGAGGAUCAUGGUUCACACCGCCACAUAUAAUUUUGCCAGUAUGGGAUGACUCCUAUUCGGCCCAAUAUUACAAUGCAACAGCCGAAUGUGCGGACCGACAAGUCGUGCUGUCCACAAAUGGCACCUGGCAAGGGGACAAGACAGAUACUUGGAAUGAUUAUUUUAAAGCUGGCGCAUGGUCCUGCAGGAGUACUUUCUACGCCGCCGACAUGCUCGUCACCGCGAACACCGGCUCGAGCGGGACUACUCUGGACAUCGAUGACUCCACUUUCAAUGCUCGUCGAAGUCGCCUGUCCCCCAACCUCCUCAACCAAACCCGCUUGGAAACGGCGUUCUUGAAUCGCAACUGGACGAACAUGAUCUAUACUCCAAACACGGGCGCUCUCCCAAACUUCGGAGGGGUGUCAGCGCUUCUAGCUGCCGUGUAUGAUUUCAACGCAGUGAGCAUGAUCGAUGCAGAUUCUGUUGGGCAGGACGCUCGAAGAAUCAAACAGCGCUUCUUGGGUGAAAUGAUGAUUGCAAUGAUAGCGCAGAAUACACCUGUUCAGCAAACUGGCCAGAUUACAGAAAGUCCACGGAGAGUCAUCGUCAACCUCCCCAUCGCCGUCUGCCUGAUCGUGCUCUUCUUCAUUUGUGCCGGCCUGCUUGCGAUGGUAUUGGUUCUGUCGAAACGACGUCCACUGAAUCUUCACGAAGACCCUGCUUCAGUGGCGGCCGUUGUCAAGCUCAUUGAGGGCAAUGCCGUCAUACGUAAUUGUUUCAAGGUGAGAGAUAGAGGAGACUCUGGAGCAAAGCCGGACCGGACAUUGAGCAAUACAACCCACUUUCUAGGUGGUGGACUUUUACGUUCAGUCAAGAGCGUCGAUGAAGAACCAGUGCCUGUGCCUGAUCGGCGUGAGACGAGGGACGACUGGAGACCCUUCGCAAUACGGCGACCAGGGGGCCUGCUAUUGUUCACACUUUUGGCGCUUGUAUUUGCAGCGAUUCUUGUCCUCUUUGUGUUCGCGCGUACGACUGGCCUCUACGAGUCUGCAUUUACCUACCAGACCGACUUGCUACCUUCCAGCAGCGACCUGUUCACAUUCGCGCCUUAUUCGAUUGUACCCACGCUCCUAGCUGUCAUUGUGACCCUAUGGUGGGGUGAUAUCGAUGAGACCUUCCGCAGACUCCAACCGUAUGUGACCAUGGCGCAAAAGGCGGUACCCGCCACUCCUAAUAUUGGUCUAUCGUACCUGGCCGCCCAUCCGCUGAGUUCUGUGCCGAAAGCAGUCAGAAACCAGCACUGGCUGGUUGCACUGGUGUCUGCCGGCGCUAUUCUUGGGCAGGUCUUCACAGUGUCAAUGUCAGCGUUAUGGCAAAGAACCGACGGAGCUCGACCAGGGGACAUGAUUCUGACACGCACGCUGGAGCUGCGAACUCAGCCGUUUGUUUACGUGUAUGCGGUUGGCAGCUCCAUGGGCGGGGGCGACCCGGAGGGCCAGGAGAUACUUUCCAGCUUCUACGGCGAUCUUUCUACGAAUUGGCUCUACUCGGCCACGCUGGAACUUGCGUACAACGGCUCGCAACCUGCUUGGAGCAGUGAUGGGUGGAGUUUCGUGCCACUGGAUCUGUCGUCGAUCAAAGAGUCCCAGAUGUACAGGCACACGCCCAGCACGAACACUUCCUCAACCAAUGCCACCUCGUCGUCUGCCAAAAGCGUCAAUGUCACCGUGAUAACUCCUGCACUACGGGCCACGAUGGACUGUGAUCCGGUUGGAUCGACAACCAAUAUAUCGAGCUGGGUCACAGAAUGGGACCUGACCGACCGAGGGAUUUGGAACGUCUCGCAUAAUCCGACCUCGCUGAAAAAGGGAUAUGAGAUCAACAAGCAACUGGAAUUCAACAGCACGGCCAACUUCUCGACCACUCCAAUCCUGAGUCGGGAAAGGACGCUACUAUGUUGCGCCAACACGUCAAGCCAAUCGUCGGAAUCAGCUGCCGUCGGGUACUGGUCCGGCAACUAUGGGCCAGGGCUGGUAUAUGAUUUCGAAACAUCUUCCGGGCCGUAUCCUCGAAAUUUCACCAUGAAAUGGAUCAAAGGCAAUGCCGCCAAAGACUUGUACUUGAUGAACUCGAGCUAUGCGCGGUCCAAUGGGGAGAGCGAUGAUUUCCGGCAUCUGAUCUGGAAAGAGGCGCCCAGCAUGUCUGCACUCAACUGCCGACCGCGGAUCGAAUGGAGCAAUGCCAGCGCGACGGUCGACAUGGCUACGGGCCGGGUGUGGAAGUAUUCCAUCACCGACACUCCCGAAACGGUAGACUGGCCUUGGACCGACGUGUACUAUUCGCACAACUACAGCCAGCCAGGCGACGGGGUGGCUGCCGGUGUGGUUCACGACCAGGUGACGGUCAGCUACGGCGUCUUGUUCCAGGACGCCCUGCUGUUCGCGUCUGAUCUGCAAAAGCUGUGGCCGUCCGGUGGCGGAACGUCCUCGUGGGUGGAAGAUCUGGCCGACAAGAAUUUCAAUUUCCGUCUUCCUCCACGCGGCCUCAACACCGAUCUCAUGUCUUACUCCAUGUACCAGCUCGCAGGUGAGGAUCUGGAUGUGUUGAUGGACCCCGCCCAGAUGGCGCAGCUCGGGCAGCGGGUGUUCGCCACCUUCUUCCAGCAUUUCAUCUCCUCCAACGUCUCGGCCAGCGGCGGCUGGGGAUUUCAACAGAUCGGGUCCACCCUGCCUGGAGAUCUGGCUCCGAUCAUCCAUGAGGCCUCAGAACAUUCCAUAUACCAAGACCAGAACACCAGCCUGACCUCGGACACGAAUGCUCCUGUCCGUAUCGAGAUCGCCGUCGAGGUUCUCCAGAUGUCUCCUGCCGCGGUAUACAUCACGUUGGUCAUUUUGUUGAUCCUGGGCCUGAUCACGAUCCUGGUGUAUUCCGUGGAUUACCGACAUCUGCGCAAGCUGAGACACGACUUCGAUGACUUGGCUAGUGUCAUCAGUGUUGUGUAUGACAGUCCGAAACUGCAACGUUGGAUCCGGGAGCAUCCUGAUCCGAAAACAUGGUCGCAGAGGACGUCUCCAGAUCGAGUCCCUCAAAUUCAACUUGGGCCAUUUGUCGGAAGCGAUGGACGGGAAGUUUGGGGUAUAGAAGUGGUCGAUGGUGAAGAAGGAAGGCAAUAA